AUGGUCAAGAUCGCCAUCGUCUACUAUUCCAUGUACGGUCAUAUCAAGACUCUGGUCGAAGCCGAGAAGAGGGGCAUUGAAAAGGCGGGCGGCACCAGCGACGUGUUCCAGAUUCCCGAGACCCUCUCCGACGAGGUUCUCGCCAAGAUGUCCGCACCUUCCAAGCCCGCCGACAUCACCGUGCUCGAGGACCCCUCGGUGCUCGAGAACUACGACGCCUUCCUGCUCGGCAUUCCCACCCGUUACGGCAACUUUCCCGCUCAGUGGAAGACCUUCUGGGACAAGACCGGCAAGCAGUGGUCCUCGGGCGGUUUCUGGGGCAAGCUGGCCGGCGUCUUCAUCUCCACCGCCUCCCUCGGCGGCGGCCAGGAGUCGACCGCCCUCGCCGCCAUGUCCACCUUGGCCCACCACGGCAUUAUCUACGUGCCCUUCGGGUACGCCAAGGCGUUUGCCCAGCUGACCGACCUUAGCGAAGUCCACGGCGGCUCCCCCUGGGGCGCCGGCACUUUUGCCGGUCCCGACGGCUCGCGCCAGCCCACCGCCCGGGAGCUUGAAGUCGCCGAGAUCCAGGGCGCAGAGUUCUACAAAACCGCGCUCAAGCACUUCGGUUGA